AAAAAAAAAAAAUCUGACACUCGUACACCCUCUCUUUCUCCUUCUUAAAAGGACAGCGAAAAAUAAUGGCGGUUGUGUUUCGAUUGAUUGGAGGAGCAGGGAGAAACUAACUCUGUGUGUGAGCUAGAGAGAGAAUACGUGUGUGGAGUGAGUGACAGAGGAAGCGGGAAGCAAUACUCGCACCACCACCACCAUAGCCACUAGCUCCAGUUCCGAUUUUUUCCAUUACUGCAAAAUGAACCAUAGCACCCAACCCAACACAGGAUUUUUCACACUCCAAGGUUGGAUACCUACUAUUGUUUCCGUUUCUUCUCCAUGAAAAUACUGACACUCCCACUUCUGUGCCAGUCAUCCUUUGUUGUAACUUUGCUUCACUUUGCCUCGAGACUGAGUGUGUGAGCUGAUUUCUCGUCCAUUUGGCCUUUAUCUUUUUCUUGUUUAGUUCUUUUUGUCAUUGAGAUCCGGUGUCUUCUGGGAUAUUCGUUCUUCUUUGGAUGAGAUCUAUUGGCUCCCGAAGUUUAUUGGGCGGUCUAGUUUGUGAGUGUUCUUGGGUUUCCGUGAAAGUUGUUUCGUCUUGCCGAAUUAGGCAGUGAAAAAUCAGAUAGCAGAACUCUCAGGGUCGAGAAUCUGUAAGUUUGAGCUGAAGAUUGUGGUGUGAAGCCUUAAGUUGAAGAUUGGCGGGCUUGAGGAGGAUAGGGAAGCGAAUGAGGCGUAAACCUAUUGCUUUUUGCUGUGAAACUGGUUUUGGCUAAUGUAUGAAGGGCGGGAAUCUUCUGGGUCUGUGAGCAUUCUUGUUGAUGGUCAGUCAAGCUACCUCAAACUCAGAGAAUAUAGGUGUAUUUAGGUUGACUUAGAUGGUUUUUGUUUGUUAGAGGGAAGAAGUAAGGAGAAUGAUAAGAGACGAAGCGGAUUAUUUUGUGGUGUGGGAGUCAGUUUUGGAGAAUUUUGUGUCUUAAUUGUUCUACUUAGAGCUUGUAUUUGAAUAUUUGGUUGUGACUGUGAGCUGAGUUACAAGUUGUUUAAUCGCUGAAAUGAGAUUCUCUUCAGCUGGUUUUAAUCCUUCACCCCCGGAAGGAGAAAAGCGAGUUCUGGAUUCUGAGCUUUGGCAUGCCUGCGCUGGCCCUCUUGUUUCCCUGCCAGCUGUUGGAAGCCGCGUCGUCUAUUUCCCCCAGGGUCAUAGUGAACAGGUUGCUGCAUCAACUAACAAGGAGGUGGACGUCCAUAUUCCCAACUACCCAAGCUUACCUCCCCAACUUAUUUGUCAACUUCAUAAUGUGACUAUGCAUGCUGAUUCAGAGACUGAUGAAGUGUAUGCUCAGAUGACCUUGCAACCUCUGAAUCCUCAAGAACAAAAGGAGGCAUACCUUCCAGCAGAGUUGGGAACUUCCAGUAAGCAACCAACAAAUUACUUCUGCAAAACUUUGACUGCUAGCGACACAAGCACUCAUGGGGGAUUCUCUGUUCCUCGUCGGGCUGCUGAGAAAGUGUUUCCUCCAUUGGAUUUCUCUCAGCAGCCUCCUGCACAAGAAUUAAUUGCACGGGACUUGCAUGGCAAUGAAUGGAAAUUCAGACAUAUCUUCCGGGGCCAGCCUAAAAGACAUCUACUUACAACAGGGUGGAGUGUCUUUGUAAGUGCUAAAAGGCUUGUUGCUGGUGAUUCCGUGCUGUUUAUUUGGAAUGAAAAGAAUCAAUUGCUUCUUGGUAUUCGACAUGCAAAUCGACCACAAACUGUGAUGCCAUCAUCAGUGCUUUCAAGUGAUAGCAUGCACCUGGGGCUUCUUGCUGCUGCAGCGCAUGCAGCUGCAACAAACAGCCGUUUCACCAUUUUCUAUAACCCACGUGCCAGCCCAUCAGAAUUUGUCAUACCCUUAGCAAAGUAUGUCAAAGCUGUGUAUCAUACCCGAGUUUCAGUUGGUAUGCGUUUCCGGAUGUUGUUUGAAACAGAGGAAUCAAGUGUCCGGCGAUACAUGGGCACAAUCACUGGCAUCAGUGACCUGGAUCCUGUUAGGUGGCCAAAUUCACAUUGGCGAUCAGUUAAGGUUGGCUGGGAUGAGUCCACAGCUGGAGAUAGGCAACCUAGAGUGUCCUUGUGGGAGAUUGAGCCGUUAACAACAUUUCCAAUGUAUCCUUCCCCAUUCCCUCUUAGGCUUAAACGACCAUGGCCUCCCGGACUGCCUUCUUUCCACGGUAUGAAGGAUGAUGAUUUGGGUAUCAAUUCUCCGCUUUUGUGGGAUAGAGGGCUUCAUUCUCUUAAUUUUCCAGGAAUUGGGGUUACUCCUUGGAUGCAGCCAAGGUUUGAUCCCUCCUUUCUGAAUUUGCAAACUGACAUGUACCAAGCCAUGGCUGCUGCUGCCCUUCAGGAUAUAAGGACUAUAGAUCCUUCCAAGCAGCAUUCAACAUCCCUUCUUCAAUUUCAGCAACCACAGAACUACCCCAACCGGACUGCUGCUUUAGUGCAGGCCCAGAUGCUGCAGCAGUCUCAACCUCAGCAAGCUUUCCAAAAUAACCAAGAGAAUUUGCAUCCAUCUCAACCUGAGCCUCUAAGUCAGACUCAUCUUCAGCAUCAACACUCUUUUGUUAAUCAGCAUCAGCCGCAGCAACAUCAACAGCAAAGUUUUUCUGAUCAGCAGAUUUCAAAUACUGUGUCUACAAUGUCUCAGUUUGUUUCGGCACCUCAACCUCAGUCGCCACCAGGGCAAGCUAUUUCUUCAUUUUGCCAUCAGCAAAGUUUUUCUGAUUCAAAUGGGAACAGUGUAACUACUGCAAUGGUUUCUCCCCUGCAUAGUAUUUUGGGUUCAUUUCCCCAAGAAGAAACUUCCCACCUUCCUAAUAUCCCUAGGACAAGCUCUUGGAUACCUGUUCAACCUUCUACUGCUACUGCUACUUGGCCUUCUAAGCGUGUUGCUGUCGACCCUCUCCUUUCUUCUGGAGCUUCUCAAUGUGAUCUGCCUCACAUGGAUCAGUUAGGGCAGCGCCAGAAUACAUUGUCUCAUAAUGCAAUUACUUUGCCACCCUUUCCUGGAAGGGAGUGCUCGAUUGACCAUGAAGGGAGUGCUGAUCCACAAAACCAUCUUUUAUUUGGUGUCAAUAUUGAGCCCUCAUCUCUUCUAGCACAGAACGGGAUGUCAAGCCUUAAGGGCAUCAGCAGCAACUGUGAUUCCACAACCAUACCUUUUCAGUCGUCCAAUUACCUGGGUACUACAGGCACUGAGUCUACAUUGAAUCCUGCGAUGUCGCAAACCAUUGGUGAAUCAGGAUUCUUACCGGUCCCAGAGAAUAUGGGCCAAGGAAACUCCCCAAAUAAAACCUUCGUAAAGGUUCACAAGUCAGGGUCCUUUGGAAGAUCAUUGGAUAUCACUAAAUUCAGCAGCUACCAUGAGCUGCGCCGUGAGCUUGCUCGUAUGUUUGGCCUUGAAGGUGAAUUGGAGGACCCUGUAAGAUCAGGCUGGCAGCUUGUAUUUGUUGACCGAGAGAAUGAUGUUCUUCUCCUUGGUGAUGGCCCUUGGCCGGAAUUUGUCAACAGCGUAUGGUGUAUCAAGAUACUAUCCCCGCAAGAAGUGCAACAAAUGGGCAAUCCUGGCCUCGAGCUUCUGAGUUCAGUUCCGAUUCAAAGGCUUUUCAAUGGAGCAUGCGAAGACUAUGUGAACCGACAGGACCCAAGAAGUUCAAGCUCUGGGAUCACAACUGUGGGGUCUCUUGACUACUGAACUAUGUGACAGUCUAGAUUCUGCAUUUUCAUCUGUCUCCUGUAAUAUUAUUCGCUAAUGGCGAGAAUUUGUGCUUAGUUGUAGUUUAUAGUCUUGCUCAUAAGCCUUUUGUUUUUUGUUUUUUGUUUCUCCCAGCUAGGUCUAUUCAUAAGGACAUAUACUGUAAUUAUGUUACAUUUCACCCUGUGCUUACAGUAUAUGAAAUAUAUAACUUGUUAGGAAA